AUGGAAAAGAGCAGGGUGCUUAUCAUUGGGGGAAGUGGAUACCUUGGAAAAAGGUUGGUGAAGGCAAGUUUAAGUGAAGGACAUGAAACAUAUAUUCUACACAGGCCAGAGAUGGGUGUUGAGAUUGAGAAGGUUCAGUUGCUUUUGUCAUUCAAAGAACAAGGAGCUAAGCUCGUUUCAGGUUCUUUUAAUGACCAUCAAAGCCUUGUGAAUGCUGUAAAACUUGUCGAUGUUGUCAUUUGUGCCAUAUCCGGUGUUCACAUCCGCAGCCACCAUAUCCCACUUCAACUUAAACUUGUUGAUGCAAUUAAACAAGCUGGAAAUGUCAAGAGGUUUUUGCCCUCAGAGUUUGGGACAGAUCCAGCAAGAAUGGAGCAUGCAUUGGAACCUGGAAGAGUAACAUUCGAUGACAAAAUGGCAGUAAGAAAGGCAAUUCAAGAGGCUGACAUACCAUUCACCUAUAUUUCUGCUAAUUGUUUUGCUGGCUACUUUCUUGGUGGACUCUGUCAACCUGGGUUUCUAAUCCCCUCUAGAGAUUCCGUGGUCUUGUAUGGUGAUGGCAACGUAAAGGGGAUCUACGUGGAAGAAGAUGAUAUAGCCAUGUACACUAUUAAAACCAUAGAUGACCCAAGAACUUUAAACAAGACAGUUUACAUAAGGCCACCUGAAAAUAUAUUAUCCCAAAGAGAGGUUGUCCAAAUUUGGGAGAAACUGAUUGGGAAAGAGUUGAAGAAAUCUUCAAUUUCCCCUCAGCAGUUUCUAAGUUCCUUGGAAGGACAAGCAUAUGCGGAGCAAGUGGGAAUGAUACAUUACUACCAUGUUUGCUUUGAAGGGUGCCUCACAAAUUUUGAGAUAGGAGAAGAAGGGGUCGAAGCUUGUGAACUGUAUCCUCAAAUUAAGUACUCUACGGUUGAAGAAUACAUGAAACGCUAUGUAUAG